AUCUAUCUUUUCUUUUUCACUCUAGCUAGCUCAUCAUUUCCAUCCAUGGCGGACGUUAACGGCGGCGGCGGUGGCUCAUCAAUUCAGGCCGGAUGGUUCUCUAUACCAGAGAAAAUGCAACUUCACUUGGCCAUGUUAACCUUACAGUUUGGAUACGCAGGUUUUCAUGUCGUUUCUAGAGCUGCUCUUAACAUGGGUAUCAGCAAAAUCGUCUUCCCUGUUUAUAGAAACAUUCUUGCUCUUUUCCUUCUUCUACCUUUCGCAUAUUUCUUGGAAAAGAAGGAGAGACCACCGAUUACCCUUUCCUUUCUUGCCCAAUUUUUCCUACUUGCAGUAGUUGGAAUAACAGCAAACCAAGGAUUCUACUUGCUCGGACUAGACAAUACAUCUCCCACCUUCGCCUCUGCCAUACAAAACUCUGUUCCGGCAAUCACUUUCCUCAUGGCUGUCGUUCUUCGGUUAGAAAAGGUGAGAAUAGACAGAAAAGAUGGUAUCUCAAAAGUGGUCGGAACUCUUCUCUGCGUAGCCGGAGCAUCAGUGAUUACUCUAUAUAAAGGUCCGACGAUCUACAGUCCGGGCCGACAUCUAACAAGAACAUCGCCGGCUGCUCUUACAGGCAAGGGCGGAUUUAUGUACAAGUCUAACCGGGCUAAGUCCGGUCUCGGAAAUGCAAAUGGAAAGAAUUGGACAUUGGGUUGUAUAUUCUUGAUCGGACAUUGUCUAUCUUGGUCGGGUUGGUUGGUUUUACAAGCUCCGAUCCUAAAGAAAUAUCCGGCGAAACUUUCAUUUACAUCGUAUCAAUGUUUCUUUGGGAUCGUACAGUUCUUGAUUAUUGCUUUGUUUUGUGAAAGAGAUUCUCAAGCUUGGCUUGUUCAUUCCGGCGGAGAGCUAUUCAGUGUUUUCUAUGCUGGUGUGGUAGCAUCUGGUAUCGCAUUUGCUGUACAAAUAUGGUGCAUCGAUAAGGGUGGCCCUGUCUUUGUUGCGGUUUAUCAGCCUGUUCAGACUCUUGUUGUGGCUAUUAUGGCUUCCUUUGCUCUUGAUGAGGAAUUUUACUUGGGAGGGAUCAUAGGGGCAGUCUUGAUUAUAGCCGGAUUGUAUUUAGUUCUAUGGGGUAAGAAUCAAGAAAGGAAGUUUUCUGUUGCCAUUCAGAUCCAGUAUGAGCAAGAACAGGGUAACAAGAAUACAACACCUCAUCAUCAACCACACAUUAUUAAAACCAGCUCUCUUAAUCAACCACUGCUAGCUCAAUCAACCGAUUCAGAUUCUGUUUGAUUAUCGUGUUUUUAACUGUCUUUUCUUUUUUUAACUUCAAUUAUCAGCAAUGGUUAAUAAGAAAAAUGGCAUUUGCCAGCUUAAAGAGUGUGAGAGGUUUGUGGAGUGUGCAUGUAUUUUGCUUUCUUUGUUUGUUUAUCCAAUGUUAGUAUGC